AUGGACGAGUCCCGGUUCCGCUGCUCCAUCUGCGUGUCCCGGUUCCAGGACCCGGUCUCGGCUCCGUGCGGCCACAGUUUCUGCCGGCGCUGCCUGAGCGGCUGCUGGGACGGCCAGGCGGACCUGCAGCUCCCGGACGGGCCCCCGGUCCCGGACGGGCCCCCGGUCCCGCCCUCGCCGCCGCCGGCCUACGACGGCUUCCAUCACGCCACCUUCGACAUUUCCUCGGUGCAGCCCGGCAGCACCGACAGACCGGAUGUUCUGGAUGAAACCCGGAUUUCUGCCCAGAUUAAAGAGAAGGAGGUCGAGAUCCAGGACGGGAAACGAGCUCUGCGGGAUUUCUCUGCCCGGUCCAAGGCGGCGGUGAAGGACAGCAGCAGGAUCUUCCAGGACCUUGUCCAGUUCCUGGAUCAGCGCCGGCUGGAGGUGAAGGAGCUGAUCCGGGCCCAGGAACGGGCCGAGGCCGCCCGGGUCCAGAACCACCUGGAGCUGCUGCAGCAGCAGGUCCUGGACCUGAAGAAGAACCGGGCCGAGCUGACCCGGUCUGGGGGGGACCAGAUGUUCCGGGCCCUCGGUGGUUCUGGUACCGGUACCGGGCCCGGCGGGUCUCUGAGGGUCGACCCUCACGUUUCCUUCGGACCCGUCAGGACGGCCGUGUUGGACCUGAAGGACCAGAUCCAGAACCUGUACCACGCUGAUCUGCCGCGGGUCGCUAACGCAGUUAAAGCUGCAAGUCUCCUGGUGGUGGAACCACCAGAACCGGAACCAGGACCGUCCUGCAAGGGUCCGUCAGAAUCCCCGGAUUCCUGCGUGGACGAGGCUCCUCUGGACCGGAACCAGCUGCUGCAGCAUAUAAAAAAGCAUCUCUCUCUGGACCCGUUCACCGCCCACCGGGAGCUGCAGCUGUCGGACCGGAACCGCCGGGCCUCCAGGACGGGCCGGGUCCAGGACUACCCAGACCACCCGGACCGGUUCGACUGCUGGGUCCAGGUUCUGGCCCGCGAGGCCCUGACGGGCCGCCGGUACUGGGAGCUGGACUGGACCGGGUCGCAGGUGGCGGUCGGGGUCGCGUACGAGAGCAUCGGCAGGAAGGUGGGUCCGGUUCUGGUUCCGGUGCCGGUUCCGGUUCUGGUGCUGGGUCUGACCUGA